CGCGCUAAGCUAAGGCGUGAUGUCAUCUCCGUGCGACUGCUGAGUGGACUGAGCCUGAGCCCGGCGGGUCCGGCGGGUUCCGUGGGUUCGGCGGGGAGAUGGCUGCUGAAGAAGAGGCUCUGAAAACACAUUUCGGGUUCGAACGGUUCCGGUCCCGGCAGCAGGAAGACGUGGUGAAGGCGGUGGUUAAAGGUGACCGGGAUGUAUUUGUGUGCAUGCCAACCGGGGCAGGGAAGUCUCUGUGCUACCAGCUGCCGGCAGUGCUGGCCACAGGCAUCACUCUGGUCAUAUCACCUCUGAUUGCACUCAUACAGGAUCAGGUAGAGCACCUUAAGGAACUGAACAUUCCAGCACGUUCCAUUAACUCCAAGCUUCCCCCAGGUGAGAGACGGCAGAUUCUGGCUGAUCUGGAGAGCGAAAGUCCUCUGCUCAAACUCCUCUACAUCACCCCUGAGAUGGUGGCAUCCCCCUCCUUCCAGCCCUGCCUGAACUCGCUGUGCUCGCGGGGGCUGCUGGCCUUUCUGGCGGUGGACGAGGCUCACUGCGUCUCUCAGUGGGGACAUGACUUCCGGCCUGAUUACCUGAAGCUGGGCGAGCUGCGCACCCGUCUGCCUGGAGUGCCCUGCGUUGCUCUGACGGCCACAGCUCCCAAACGAGUGCAGGACGACAUCACUCGGUCGCUCAGGCUGAGAUCACCACUCACCUUCACGACACCCGUAUUCCGGAAAAACCUGAAGUAUGACGUAAUAUUUCGAGACCUGCUGCCUGACCCGUACGUUCACCUUCACGCAUUUGCUAAAGAAGCACUCGGUGGAAGCACAGCAGAGAAGGGCUGUGGGAUUGUGUAUUGCCGCACACGAGAGAGCUGUGAGGAUGUGGCUCACAGACUGACUAAGCUUGGGAUCCUGGCUAGGCCCUACCAUGCAGGACUGAAAACAGGAGAUCGCACUGAGUCACAGGCGGACUGGAUGGUGGGAAAGGUUCCUGUCAUUGUUGCUACUAUUAGCUUUGGGAUGGGCGUAGACAAGGCCAAUGUCAGAUUUGUAGCUCACUGGAACUUGGCCAAGUCCUUGGCCAGUUACUACCAGGAAUCGGGCCGUGCUGGACGUGAUGGCCUCCCCUCAUCUUGUCGUAUUUACUACUCUCGUAAAGACAGAGACCAGCUAAACUUCCUGAUCCGCAAAGAGGUCUCCCGCAAACAGGAGAAGCGAGGUUCAGAGAAAGAGCAAGACAAAGCUCCUGUUCAGGACUUUGAGGCCAUGGUGAACUUCUGUGAACAAGAGGGAUGCAGACAUGCCACUAUCUCACAGUUCUUUGGGGACCAGAAGCCCAACUGCGCUGGUGCCUGUGACUACUGCCGCAACCCUAAAUUAGUCCGCGCUCAGCUGGAGAGAGCCGCCGCCCUCAGCACCAGGACCGGCCCCGCGCAGAGCUCUGAACCCAGAGGGCCCUUUGGCUUCAACCCUGAGCUCUAUGCUGGGGGAAAGAAAGGUUAUGGCUUUGAAAGGUAUGAUGAGGAGUGGGAGGGCAGUGCAGAGGAUGACAGUGAGCAACGGAAGAAAGAGUUUGGAAUUCUGUUUAAGAAGCAGAUGAGUUUACGGAAGGUUUCAGGCGACUCGAAAGAAACUUUUAUUCUACCAGAUGCAGAUUGUCCAUUAAAGGAGGCCAGCAGUCAGAGAAUCCCAAGACUCACAGUGAAGGCGCGAGAGCACUGCCUGUCUCUUCUUCAGGAAUGCCUGACCAACAGCAGAGGCGGAGCAGGUCACUCGCUCAGCUCUGACACGCUCUCUCUGGCUGUAGAAAUAGAACAUGAAGUAUUCCGAUCUUGCAAGUCGGCAAACUUGUAUAAGGCUGCGGUUCUCAAGAGGGUAUCAGAGUUGAAGAAAGGCGUAAAUGAUUCUGUAGCGCCCUCUGUGGACGAGCCUGGAGAUGGUGGCGGCUCCAGUGUAAAAGAAGAGGAAAUGAAGAUGACUCAGAAAGAAGCAACCUCCUCCUCUACCUCAUCCAUCUCUGAGGAUCUGCAGGGCUUCACUUCAGCCUCUCAGGUCUACUCGCUGAAGAGGAAACGUGUGGGAGCAGGAUUCCGUGGUUCCUCGAACCCCUUCCAGACGGCCACGGAACUUCUGAAGACUUCCCAGAUUGAGAUCCUCACACCUCAAGAACCUGCCCAUAAGGAAGAGGAACAGGAAAAACAACCAGAGAGCAAAAGAACCAAAACACUGUCCUCCUUUUCAUCUACCUCCGAAGCCAAAACCACCUCCUCGAGUAGCCCCAGCAAGAAAGCAGGCAAGGCUCUAAGCAAGAAACAGCAAAAGCUUGCCGAUGCAGCCAAGGCCUCGCACUGCAUAUCUCGGUACUUUGGGAAGAAAAAGACGGACGGCAUUCCGAGAAAGGAAGAUAGCAUUGUCUCAAAGCCUGAAGAAGGAGAUUCCUCUGUGCCUGCAGCUCAAGGAUGCAGCAACUCUGUUUCAGCUUCUCCUGUCGACAUGAAUGCUAACACUUCCAGUAUGGAUGGCAGUACCAUGGAUGAACAGGUAAAGGAAAAAGGUACGAGGAAUGUGGAGAAUCAUGGUGGUGAAGGUAGUCCCGUGAAUAUGAACGCUACACAGGAGAAGAUGGGAGAUGCCACAGCAGUGCCAGACACUCAGAGGAACGAGCCACAGCCUGAUGCCCAACAAGCACCAUCAGAAACAUCUCAUCAAGAAAGGAAGUCCAAAGAAAGUCGUGCUGGCUUCUGCCACCCACCCACUGAUAGCAAAAGGAGGGUGACAUUCAAUCCCGUGUUACAGGAACACAAAUUAGAGGUGGAAAACAUGCACGAUAAUCCGGUUUCACACCAGCCUGUGACACUAAAAGAAGCUGCUGACAUUGUGGUGAAAAUCUUGGAUCCUUUCUACAAAAAGGGGAAGUUUGCUACCAAGGACCUGUUCAAGUCAUUCGCACGCUUCCUCUCGCAUCUGCUCAUUGAGGGGAAAGCUAAAGAUCGAGGGAAAGUGAAAAUGGAAGCAAAGAGCCUCAUCAAGCGCUUCUUCGGUAGCAUCCAGCGCUGUGAGAACGAGGCAGACUGGAAAAGCCUGCAGGGAGCAGCCAGUGCCAAACACGAAGGAACAGACAGGACUGCAGCUGAGGAGGAUAGAUAGGGUAUUGUGACUGCCCCUGCUUUUCCCUCUCCUUACCUCUGAUCCUAAAUGCAACCGUAGCCCCCACCCCAAGCCCUUCUCAGGGAUGCUACAUGCAUAUCAGAUGCUGCUGCUAAUCUGAAGGAAGUUUAUCUCUGAGAAACUGACGCUUGGCUGCUUCCACUAGUGCACUUUAAUUAUUACUUCUGGCUGCAUUGUUGAACGACACUUACUUUAAAAUCCAGGGCCACCUGCCUGGGUACCCUUCAGUUACUGUGAUACAGCUUUAGGUUUUAGCUGCUAUCUUAGAGGCUGUGAUGUCAAACGAUGAAAAUGACCUAAAGCAUAUUUCUCAAUGUGUUUUAGCUUUCAUGUCAUGUUUUGCUUUCCUUUGUUUUAUGUAGUAUGGACAUGUUUCUUUUUCUUGUGCCCGGUCAUCUUAAAAGGUGUGAACGUGACACCCGUGUGAGACGAAAAUAAAUUUCAAAUAAAGGCUGAAAUUUGAUCA